ACUCUUGACCCCGGAAGUGUAGACUGUCCCGUUUUAAACAGCUCGGUUUGGAGAAAGGCUCGUGAUUUGGGACAGACAUUACCGGACACAUGGAUGAGACAAUGGAGUCGUCCUGUAAACCGAGCGAAGCUGCAGACACAAAUCAAGCUCAAAACCGGGUCAAAAGUUCUCAGAAAGCUGCUAGAACCCAGAGAACUCCUCAGCAGAAUGGACCGUCCGAGUCAGACACGGGACACGAGAACCAGACGGGACCUGGCCUGAAGCCCGCUAGACGGCGUAAACCUCGCAGGAGCAAGCAGACAUCUGGAGGGGCGGAGACGGGGAUCGCUGAUGAGCUCACACACUCCGCUCCAAACCAGGUACAGAAGAAACACAAGCCCAAACACGUGAACAUUGACGACUCCACGCCUCUGAGUGAUGGAGGAGGAGGAGGAGGAAAGGAGCAGAGGAAGAGGAAUAAGAAGCGGAGGCAUCAGAAGAAGCCCACAGAGAACGUGGACGAUAAAGCGUGCAAGUCUGGAGCUGUGGAGACUUGCGGCACGCCACUGAAAAACACUAAGGCUCAAGUGUGUGUAGGUGUGAACAUGAGCCCGAGCCCAGCAGGACAGACCAACAGGAUGGACAGAGAGAACGGUCGGAGGAACAGAGGGAGGAAGAGACGUCUGUACGAGGACUACAUGUCUGUUAAAGACGUGUCUGAUGGGCUGAAAAGGGGAGAGCUUAUACAGGGUGUGUUGAGGAUAAACCCAAAGCGAUACCAUGAGGCGUUCGUUCCCUCUCCUGACGGGUGGGCGGACAUUUUCCUAGACGGGAUGGUGGCACGGAACCGAGCUCUGAAUGGAGACGUGGUGGUGGUGAAGCUCCUCCCUGCUGAUCAGUGGAAGGUGUCAAAUGGGGAUGAGAGCGAACAGACGAGUGCGGAGAAAGUGCGACAGGGCGAGACGGUGCCUGAUGUUAUAGUGGAAGCUCAGUAUGGUGAGGAGGAGGAGGAUGAUGAGCUCUGUAAGAAAAUGGAUGCAACCUCUCUACAGGAUAAAGCUCCGCCCACAGCAGGUCCACCCAGUCUCUCAGGGAAAAAUGUUCAGCGCACAGCAAAGGUGGUGUACAUCAUGGAGCAGAAACACUCGAGGGCGGUGUCAGGGUUUGUUAAGCUCAUCCCCGACAAGCCCUUUGCCUUGUUCUCGCCCUCGGAUCACAGAGUCCCUCGAGUGAACGUCCCGCUUUCAGAUUGUCCUACAGACUUCCCCUCGCGUCCUAAUGACUAUUCCAAUACACUUUUCAUCUGCAGGAUCACACAUUGGCCCCCAGACAGCCCCUUCGCCCAAGGGCAACUGAUGAAGUCGUUAGGCCAGGCGGGGGUCAUUGAGCCCGAGACGGAGGCCAUGCUGAUGGAGUACGACGUGGAUUAUUCAGAGUUCACGGACGAAGUGUUGGCGUGUCUGCCUCAGGGUCGACCCUGGACCAUUCCACCUGAGGAGCUAAAGAGGAGGCGAGACCUCAGGAAGGAGUGCAUAUUUACGAUUGAUCCGGCCACAGCCCGAGACCUGGACGAUGCCCUGUCCUGUAAACUACUUCCUGAUGGUAACUUUGAGGUGGGCGUGCACAUAGCAGACGUGAGUUAUUUCAUAAAGGAGGGGAGUGUUUUGGAUUACACCGCCAGCAGGAGAGCCACCAGUGUGUACCUCAUUCAGAAGGUGAUUCCGAUGUUGCCGCGUCUCCUGUGUGAAGAAUUGUGCAGUUUAAACCCUCAGAAUGAUCGUUUAACGUUCUCCGUCAUCUGGACCUUAUCACCCGAGGGGAAGAUCCUGAACGAGUGGAUGGGCCGCUCGGUGAUUCGCUCGUGUGUGAAGCUGAGUUACGAUCACGCUCAGAGCAUGAUCGACUCGCCCAAUAAAAAGUUCGGUGCCGAUGAACUCCCCCAAAUCUCACCCGAGCACUCGGUGCAGAGCAUCCUCCAGGCCGUCCUGCACCUGCACACCAUCGCCGCUCACCUGCGUGCACAGCGCUUCAGGAGUGGAGCCUUACGCCUCGACCAGAUGAAGCUGGCGUUUACUCUGGACUCGGGAACGGGAAUGCCCCAGGGCUGCUACGUCUACCAGUACAGAGACAGCAACAAGUUGGUCGAGGAGUUCAUGCUGCUGGCUAACAUGGCCGUCGCUCACCAGAUUUACCGCUCCAACCACGAGCUGGCGCUGCUGCGACGUCACGCCCCCCCUCAGAGCCGCCUGAUGGAUGCUCUACAGGAGCUGUGCGAUCACAUUGGCCUCAACAUCGACAUGAGCUCAGCGGGAGCGCUGCAUAGGAGUCUGGAGGAGGCGAUCGGAGAUGAUGAGUACAGUGUAGCCCGGAAGGCUGUACUCACACACCUGUGCGCCCGACCCAUGCAGAUGGCAGUGUAUUUCUGUACAGGCGUUCUGCAAGAAGAGAACUUGUUCCAUCACUACGCUCUAAACGUACCGCUCUACACACACUUCACCUCUCCCAUCCGCCGCUACGCUGACAUCAUCGUCCACCGCCUGCUGGCCGCCUCACUCAAGUGUGGACCUCGUGUGCAUCUCACCCAGGAUGAUGUUCAAAAGCAGGCCUCUCACUGUAAUGAUAAGAAAAUGGCGUCCAAGAGGGUUCAGGAGAUGAGCACCGAGCUGUUCUUCAGCGUCUUCGUCAGGGAGUGUGGUCCUCUGGACUCGAAGGCGAUGGUGAUGGGGAUGCUAGAUAAAUCCUUUGACGUGUUGAUGCUGGACUACGGAGUUCAGAAGAGGAUCUACUGCAACGCCAUCGAGGGUCUGCAGUCGUUUAAUUUCCGUAAAGUGGGUAAGCGUCCUGAGAUGACCCUGGUGUGGACUCCUAAUGAACCAGAGGACGACUCGGUUACACAGGAGAUGUCCCUGUUCUCCGUGGUGGACGUCCGUCUGACUGCGGGUGAAGGUCCUCUCAAAUGCACCGCCAGGCUGAUGAGACCCACACACACCCCGUCCUAAACACACACGUGUGCGCACACACAUUUUAUUUGGUUCGAGCUGUGUCAGGUUUUAACUGGACGUAUUUCACAUCAACACACACAUCAGUUAAUUAGUUAAUAUGUUACAAUGUAUUCCACGUUAACAGUGUGUUUGUGUGUGUGUUUAAGACGUAAGUACCGUGCUUAAUCACGUCUCCGAUUAACACGCCGUUAAUGACAUCACUUUUACUUCUGCACAUUUUUAACCCUAGAGUUUGUAACGUAACUGGAAACUCUGAAGUGUGACAUGUUCUUAUGUGACCCGAGGGCACCAGGAUUUAUGUUUGCCGUUGUGUCUUGACUACAGGUUUAUUUUAUUUUUUUUACGUAUGUAGUGAUUUUUAAUUUAAACUAACUAAAUUAGACAUCACGGAGGUGAUGACCCACAAUGCCACGGUGCAGUCUGUUUACAGUAAACACCCGAAACUCCCUUCUUAAAUCGACCUGCACGUUUCUGUUCUCAUGAACCUCUGCUACAGCUUUUAGUUUUUAACCUUAACUCUAAAGCUGCACAUCAUCCAAGUGUGUAAGAUGGUUAAGUUCUCCCAGUGGGAGGAGUUUAAAUAUAUAAAUAUUUUUUCUUUUAACACAACAAUACGGUAAUGCUCAUUGUCGAUGCACAUCAUGAUGUCGCCGUGCCUUUUUAUUUUAUUUUUUUAUUUUAACUCCAUGCUUCAGGGAAAUGUUUUUGGUGUUUAAAAAAAAAAACUAAGAGUUUUAAUUUGUGUUAACGAUGAACUGUGCCUGAGGAGAAUUAAAUUAUUUCCAUUCAGAAAAA